GAAGAGCUCCUCCAUCGUCUCGCUAGCGAUGGCAAAUCCUCCGAAGCCAUGGAAAGCCGAAUAUGCCAAGUCCGGACGGUCUUCGUGCAAGACCUGCAAGUCCCCCAUCGACAAGGAACAACUACGCCUUGGCAAGAUGGUCACUGCCACCCAGUUCGACGGAUUCAUGCCCAUGUGGAAUCAUGCUGGUUGCAUCUUCAAGAAACAAAACCAGAUAAAAUCCCUCGAUGAUGUUGAAUGCAUAGACUCAUUGCGUUGGGAUGAUCAAAAAAGGAUAAAAAGUUAUGUUGAGGGUGGAGGCUCAGGCACUACAGUUGCCACUACAGUUGCAACUACAAUUGCUGAUAAUGAGUGUUCGAUUGAAGUUUCCCAAACUUCUCGUGCUACCUGUAGACAUUGUAGCCAGAAGAUUCUGAAAGGAACGGUUCGUGUCUCAACUAAUGCUGGAGGAAAAGGUGUUCGAGGUCUCUUGUGGCACCAUGUCAGCUGUUUCAUCGCUAUGUCUCCAUCAAGCAGUAUAAAAAAAGUUUCAGGGUGGGACAGCCUUUCCCCUCAAGAUAAAGAAGCUGUUUCUGCACUUUAUAAAAGGGAUACAUCUAAACAUAUAGAAGGCAAUCAAGCAACUUCACAAGGUGUGAAGAGGAAGACUGCCAGGACUAACAAUCAGAAACCAAAAGUUCUCAAGAUUGAUCUAAACAAUUCAUCAGACAGAGGACCAAGCAAAGGAAACAAAGUGCCUGAUUAUGAUAAUUCUGACACCAUGGAACUGGACAAUAGAUUGGAAGUGCAGAGCAAGCUGUUGUGGGAUAUAAAAGAUGAGCUUAAAAGGGAUGUGAGUGUGGCUGAGCUGCGGGAGAUGCUUAAAGCAAAUGAACAGGAUUCAACCGGAUCUGAACAUGAUCUCCGAGAUCGUUGUGCUGAUGGGAUGCUAUUUGGUGCAUUGGAUAAAUGCCCACUCUGCUCUGGUUCUCUGCAUUACUCUGGAGGUCAGUAUCAUUGUCAUGGUUAUUUGUCUGCAUGGAGCAAGUGUUCAUACUCAACAAAGGAACCAGUACGCCUUAAGGAAAAGUGGAAAAUUCCUAGAGAAACAACUAACAAGUAUCUUAUAAAAUGGUACAGGUCUCAAAAACCCAAGAAACCCGAAAGACUUCUUCCUCUCUCCACUAGUAAGUCUGUCAUUGGGGAUACAUCUGAUUCAUCUCCGCCAUCUAAUGAUGAAAAGUUGGAGAAAUUAAAAGUUGCUAUUGCUGGGAAAUCCAGUGAAGAUUUCGUGGUCUUGUUGCCCAAGUGA